AAAUAAGUUUGCUGACACUGAUCAAGGUUAGAGCACGAGUUUGGUAAUUCAACAUUGCAUAGUGCUGGAAAUUGCAUGUCAUAACUUAUGGAAAUACCUGCUUCUGGUGACCAGAUAAUGGAACUUACAGGGGACAAGUUGAAGGAGUUAACUAAUGCAAUUGAGGACGAAGAGGAUGAUGAUGAGGAAUUGGAUGAAACCCUAGUAGAAAGAUUAAUCGGGCUAACAGAAAUGUUUCCAGAUUCAGUCCGUAAUGCUGUCUGUAGUGCAGGAUCCUUUUCAUGGAAAGCCAUGCAGUGGAGUUUCUCAUUCAGCAAGAGUGCAAUGUGGGUAGCUGUGUCUGCAGGAACAAUACUGGUUCUACCAGUGAUGUUCGAAAAUGAAAGAGCACAAAUGUUAGACCAGCAAAAGCAGCAGGAAAAACAGAUUUUAUUAGGACCACAUUCAGCUAUGUCAGGGCCAGGAAUGGUGCCUCCGGGAAUGUUGCCACCAGGCAUGGUACCCCCACCCCCAUCAAUGGCACCUCCCCCUCCUGCCUCAUCUUAACCCUUGGUCUUGUGUACAGAGAUGCGAUUCAUAUUUCUGUUGUUCAAAUGAUCAUUGUGUGUUGUAUAAAUGUGUGUGUGGAAUAUGUAUGGAUAUGACUUAUUGUAGCAGAGUGAUGAAAAUUAAAGAUAAUUUAAAAACACGUA